GUCUCGUGUCAUCAUCCUGAAUCAUCUUCGAGUAUGGAGAAUGAACUUUUCUCUCAUUUUCUCGUUAGCCAAACAUAAUUCCCAAUUGGGUGACCCCCCAAAUGCUUCCCCUUUCUACGAUCUCAGAUUUCCCCAUCAUUCCAACCAUAAAGAGGUAAAACUUCUUCAUACGCAAAUGUGAAAUCAUUCGAAAUCCCCGAGAGAAUUUCGAAACGAGCAAGAAAACCGAAUCAAGGGUUUCGAUCAGGCGAUUGAACGAGAAAAACUUGGAGAAUCUUGGGAAACCGAGGAGACAGAGAAGAUGUUCAACAAGAUCAUGAAACUGGGUCAGAAGAAAUUCAACAAAUCGGAUCAACACCACCAAGAUAUCUCCGGCAACGUCCUAUUCGGCGGCCGGAACACGGCUUCUGCGUCCGGGAACAACGGAGAUUCGCAAUCCGUGGGUCAAUCCCCGUCCCGAACCCCGAACCAUCCGAUAUUCGCAUCGGCUCCCGUCCUCGAAGUUCUUCCCCUUCUGAAGGACGUUUCCUCGUCGGAUCGGGCAAUGCUCUUCAUGAAGAAGGCUCAUAUGUGCAGCUGCCUCUGCGAUUUCUCGGAUACAUUGAUCAUGCCUCGAGAGAAAGAGAUCAAGAGGCAGACAUUGCUCGAGCUCGUGAAUUUCCUCCACUCGAAUUCGGGCAAAGUUAACGAGACGAUGCAAGGGGAGUUGAUAAGGAUGGUGUCCGCGAAUAUCUUCCGCUGUCUCCCUCCGGCUCACCACGAAAACACGGGGGCUCCUCCCGAAGGGAACGAUCCCGAAGAGGAAGAGACUUUCCUCGAGCCCUCGUGGCCGCACUUGCAGCUCGUCUACGAGCUUCUCCUGCGGUACGUCGUAUCGUCCGAGAUCGAGACGAGGACCGCGAAGAAAUUCAUAAGCCACGUCUUCGUCUCGGGUUUGCUCAAUCUUUUCGAUUCGGAGGAUCCGAGGGAAAGGGAAUACCUGAAAACGGUUCUUCACAGGAUAUACGGAAAGUUCAUAUUCCAUCGACCCUUCAUCAGAAACUCGAUAUACAACAUCUUCUACAGAUUCUUGUACGAGACAGAGAGAUGUGUCGGAAUCGGAGAACUCCUGGAGAUACUAGGGAGUGUGAUCACUGGAUUCACGGUUCCAAUGAGGGAAGAACACAGACUGUUUCUAGUGAAGGUGAUUCUGCCGCUCCACAAGCCGAAGGGCAUAUCGGUUUAUCACCAGCAGUUAGCGUUUUGCGUGACGCAGUUCGUGGAGAAAGAUUACAGAUUGGCGGAUACUGUGAUUAGGGGACUACUGAAGUAUUGGCCAUUAACGAAUUGCCAGAAGGAGGUUCUGUUCUUGGGGGAGUUGGAAGAGAUUUUGGAUGCCACCGAGCCUUCGGAGUUCCAACAAUUCGUCAUUCCUCUGUUCAGACAGAUCGGAAAAUGUCUUAAUAGCUCCCAUUUCCAGGUAGCGGAAAGAGCCCUUUUCUUGUGGAACAACGAGCACAUAGUAGGACUGAUCGCUCAGAACAAAGACACGAUAUUCCCCAUAAUCUUCGAGGCCUUGGAGAAGAACAUGAAAGGGCACUGGAACCAGGCCGUCCACGGUCUCUCGGUGAACGUCCGGAGGAUGUUCCUCGAGAUGGACUCCGAUCUGUUCGAGGAGUGCGAGAAGCAACAUCCCGAGAACGAGGCCAAGGCCUCUGAAUUGUCGCAGAGGCGGCAGCUUACUUGGCAGCGGCUCGAACAAGACGCUGCGUCCUCGGAUUCCACCGGCAACUGAAAAGCCGGGAGAAGAUCACUGUUUUCUUGGUUAACUUCUCUAUAGAUCCUUGCACGAGAGAUCGAUCUUGUAAUCUGUGUUAAGUCAGUGUAGUGUUGAAUUUAUAUUCGACGUCUUUUUCUAUGAACCCUAAUGGAAAACCAUGGAUCGAUGUAAAUACAUUUGCAUUUGGACUGUGCCUUCA